AUGUCGUUAUCGUCGAGGCUAGCCUCCUCCUGCCUGGUUCGUCGGGGUGCACCCGGCUUCUCUACCAGCGCCCUCCGCGCCGCCUCCAACCGCGCCGUCGUAUAUACCAAAAACGGCGAUCCCACCUCCGUACUCACGGCUCUCACCCACCCAAAACUCCCCUCCCCGCCCCCCUCCACCCUCAACAUCAAAUUCCUCCUCGCGCCAAUCAACCCCGCCGAUAUCAACGUCGUCGAAGGCGUCUACCCCGCGAAGCCCCAGCUCACAUCUUCCCUGACCCAGUCUGGUCUGGGGAGCGCCGACACACCGGUGUACGUCGGUGGGAACGAGGGUUUGGCUGAAGUGACUGAGGUAGGCAGCGGGGUAGAGGGGGUGAAGAAGGGGGACUGGGUCAUCAUGACUCGUCCGCAAGCGGGCACUUGGUCCUCGAACAAGAAUGUUUCGCCGCGCGAGCUUCUCAAGGUCCCUCGGGAGUUGGAUGGGUUCAAACUGGAUGAAGUUAGCGGUGCAACUAUAACUGUCAACCCAGCGACGGCGUAUAACAUGAUUCACGACUUUACGACCCUCCAGGAGGGUGACUGGCUGGUCCAGAACGGUGCCAACAGUGCUGUAGGACAAGCAGUCAUUCAAAUAGCCGCUGCCAAAGGUAUCAAGACACUCAACUUCGUCCGCAAUAGGGAUAAUUUCUCCGAGCUGAAAGCCCAAUUAACAAGCCUUGGUGCUACGACCGUCCUGACAUAUGACGAACUUGCCGAUAAGUCGCUUCGUGGAAAAAUCAAGGAAUGGACGGAUGGGAAAGGGAUUCGCCUUGGCCUAAACUGCGUUGGCGGCAAAGAUACCACAUUAAUGACCCAACUCCUUGGGCAAGACGGCCACUUGGUAACAUACGGCGCAAUGUCCAAACAGCCUCUCUCGCUCCCCACCCCAAUGUUCAUCUUCAAGAACCUUCAAGCGCACGGCUUCUGGCAGAGUCGAUGGUACCAGCAACGCGGUCCCGCGGAACAGGGGGAAUUGAUGAAGAAACUAGUUCAGUUUAUGAGUAAAGGGCAGCUUAGUCCCCCUGAACACGAGAUUGUUACUAUUGGUGGCCAUGAAUCAGACGAGACGGCCACCCAAAAAGUCAGAGAAAUUAUGUCUAAGCUUGCCGCAGGGCGUUUUGGGAAGAAAGUCUUGUUGCGCAUGGAAGAAGUAUCCUCUGACUAG